GAAGAAAGGUUCAGUAAUGUUUUCCUUGUUUCUAACAGACGAACAAAUCUUACGACAGCGUAGCUGGUCCGAUAAGUUUAGCUGCAUGUAGCUAAUAUACCUGUAAGACCGAGGUAUUUCUGCGAAUUCGUCCCGAUAAAACGCGAAAGUGAGAGCAGUUCGUUAAUGUGUUGUUGAGCGCUGAGGUUUUAGUAGCGUUGACUGUUUAUGUAGGUCAGUGAAGUGAGUUUCCUUCCGAAUGGGCUCUGAAAAGGUCCUGGUUAGCUGCACUGUAAUCUCGCUUCAGGAUACUCGUUUUGUGUAUCCAUGCUGUAAAUUCUGUUUGUCCAGAUCAACUGAAGAGUCCGAUCUGAGAAGCAAAUGUGUCAAAUGUGGCUUCACAUGUGAAGUACAAAAUGUAGACUACAGAUACAGACUGUCACUUAAGGUGUCUCGAGGCAGAAAUCUGUUUGGCUUGACAGUUUUUGGCGGUUGUCUAAAUUCCUUCUUUGGAAUUUCCGCUGGUGAUUUGCAGAGGUUUGUUGAGUCUGAAAAACCAGAAGGCCCACAGAGUUUACAGCAGCUACUAACCAAAGCAGUGGAAGAUUGUUUUAUUGGAAAAAGCUUUGUUUUUGGAUUUAAGCUUUCUGGUCUUGAUACAGAGGGUUGCUUGCUCAGUGAUUCAGUGGGUUCCAGUGCUGAAUCUGCACAGUUUGUGGCUUGUCAAAUCAUUUCUCCAAAUGGAGCUUUUUUAGGAAUGACAGUUUUUGCUUACUUGCAAAGCCUCUUGCAGGCAAAUUCCCACCCAAGUUGUUCUGCAUCAAACAAAGCUAUAUGUCAGUCGCAGCAGGUAGAUUCACUGGUCAACAGCUUUGAGUACACUUUGCCCUUAUGUGUAACAGACUCAGAAGCCAGCAGUGGAGGACUUACACGGCUAUGGCAGCCAACAUCAGAAAUGGAUUCAUGCUUCUCUCCAGAAAACCCAAAAGGACACAAUUUACAACAGAUCAGCGUGGGUGAUGUCAGAGGCAUUUCUUCACAAUAUGUGCAUACACCAUGGCCUGAACUUGAGCCAGGAUGGCCUACAAAAGAGUUUUUAUUGUCCCAGAGCCAAGAAGCUUGUGUAAAAAGUACCAGAAAUACCAGAUAUGCUGAAUCAAGAGGUGGCGCACAUACCAGACAUUCUAGCUUAUGUGAGUUCUCAUCCACAUCAUUUCCAGUAGCUAAUAAAUUAGACUCCCCAGUAGCCCUGACUAGUUCUGUUGCACAUGAGAGCCUAGGCCCCGUGAACACUACGUCCUGUGGUCAUCAGCCUAAAGUCUUUAAUCACUGGUCUUCAGGAGAGUUAGCUGACACACAGUGCAAUGCAUCUAAUUUUGAAAAAUCACUUUUCAGCCACUAUUUAAGUUUUGGUUUAGAAGAUGCUCCUUUAUCAGAAAGUCUAGGAAGUUUUGUCAGCAUAGUGCCUCAAACUUCAAAGGCAGUUAAUGUGAAUAUACUCAGACCUGCAAGUAGGUGCAUUACACAAAGACAGCAAACCACACCCAAAAAAACAAAUGAUAUUUUCACACCAUUGCACAAUAUCACCAGUGUGAUCGCUAACAGGAAUGAAAGGUCACUGAAAAAAAUGCUUCGAAAGAGAAAAAUCCUCUCUUUAUCUAAACCUUGUCUCCCUGGUACACCAAAAGUGUCACAGGGCCCUGAGGGCUGCGAUAUAAAGGACACUGUAUUAAAUAGCUUGACAAAGAGCCCUGUUAACAUGGCCUUCAGGUUACAGUGUUACCAAAGAGACAAGAAUGUCACACAAGUAAAUAAUGUAGUUUGUCCUAAAAUUCAGAGUCAAGGCAUGAAAGAGCAAGAAAGUCAAAGUCAUCAGGAUGCCUACAAUUGCUCAGCAGACCUCUUUUACCAAAGCAGUGCAGACAUGACUAUACAAGAUGUAACUAAUAAGGCUGUCUCAGAUCUUAAGGAAAUCAAGAAAGACUGGCUCUUGAACGUGAACAUAUCUGAGCAUGAGGUUUUCACCUCCUUCAAUUUUGCUCCUUCUCUGCAGUCAACACCCAUUGCUCAUUCAUAUUAUCGCCACUCAGAUGGACAGAGGCAUACGCUCAGCAGAAAAUGUUCGGCGACACCAUGUACCAAAAAAACAAAGACUCAUACAACUAGUAUGAGAGUCCUGGGAAACUACAAUAAUACUUCUCAAGAAUCCAAGACAGUAAUACCAGAAUUUAAUCGAAUCCAGAGUUCAGAUUUUGUGUCUGAGAAUUCUGACUUUAGACAUUCAUCAGGUGCCUCUGAGGUACAAGGGGAUGAAGAACAUGACUCUGCUUUACCCACCAACACUAAUGAAUGGUCCAGAGACCUUUUUUCUAAUUCAUUCUAAGAGAAUUCUACAGUGCAAUUUACACUCUGUUAACCUCACUGGUGUAUAUAUUUUUGUGUAUAGAAUUCUAUGAAGUGAGAUUGUAAAUGAACAGCUAUGACCAAAAGAAAUCACUACUGAUAAAAUUUUCUUUGAAAAGAAA